UUUUACUUGAUACGGAAUUUUUAAUGUUGUUGGUUGCAUUUCGGCAGUGCUAAGAUUUGUUCAUGUGAGAGCGAGUCGGUGAGUAGUUGAGGUUUGAAGCUGAACUCUACGCAGUGUAGUGGGAGAAGCGCAGCGCGGAGCAGAUCAGCGAGCUUGUACAUGCGAGGAGUUGUUUAUAAAGAUUAACCCAGCUGCUUGGUUGUUGUAAACUAAGAAUUAAAGGGGUCAGGAUACAAGCAUUAGGUGGUGCAGAAUAAAGCGGGCUUACCUGCCUGUCCGCCCCUUUCUGCUUUUAACUUAAUCACAUACGCGGAGAAUCAGGAGGACGAGAACAGGGAUAUUUUCCGCGCAUUGGAAUUAGGAGCGUGUGAUAGUCAGCGGCGUGGACAUCUUUUGGGAAGGAAUUUAUUGCCCCCUCUCGUCGUUGGACCAUGGCCGACGACGACGUGCUUUUCGAAGACGUUUACGAGCUGUGCGAGGUCAUUGGAAAGGGGCCAUUUAGCGUGGUGAGAAGAUGCAUCAACAGAGACACAGGCCAGCAAUUUGCAGUAAAGAUUGUAGAUGUGGCCAGUUUCACCUCAAGCCCCGGCCUCAGCACAGAAGAUCUAAAAAGGGAGGCCAGCAUCUGUCACAUGCUUAAGCACCCUCAUAUUGUGGAGCUGCUGGAAACUUACAGUUCAGAUGGGAUGCUGUACAUGGUCUUUGAGUUUAUGGAUGGUGCAGACCUCUGUUUUGAGAUUGUAAAAAGAGCAGAUGCUGGGUUUGUCUACAGUGAGGCAGUAGCCAGUCACUACAUGAGACAGAUCCUGGAAGCACUGCGGUACUGCCACGAUAACAACAUCAUUCAUCGAGAUGUAAAGCCUCACUGUGUUUUGCUGGCAUCAAAGGAAAACUCAGCUCCCGUAAAACUGGGUGGUUUCGGAGUUGCUAUACAACUUGGAGAGUCCGGGCUUGUGGCUGGAGGCCGGGUAGGCACCCCUCAUUUCAUGGCCCCAGAGGUAGUCAAGAGAGAGCCAUAUGGAAAGCCAGUGGAUGUAUGGGGCUGUGGAGUCAUUCUGUUUAUCCUACUAAGUGGCUGCCUACCCUUCUAUGGCACAAAAGAGCGUCUGUUUGAGGCCAUUAUUAAGGGCAAAUAUAAGUUGAACCCACGCCAAUGGGCUAACAUCUCAGAGAGUGCCAAAGACCUGGUGCGACGCAUGCUUAUGCUGGACCCGGCCGAGAGGAUAACUGUAUAUGAAGCCCUGAACCACCCCUGGCUGAAGGAGAGGGACCGCUAUGCCUACAAGAUUCACCUACCUGAGACGGUGGAGCAGCUGAGGAAGUUUAAUGCCCGAAGAAAACUCAAAGGUGCUGUGUUGGCAGCUGUAUCCAGCCACAAGUUCAGCUCAUUCUAUGGUGACCCACCGGAGGACCUGGCCGACUUUUCUGAAGAUUCCACUUCAUCUGGGGCUGUAUCACAGGUUCUAGAUAGCCUGGAGGAGAUCCAUGCACUGACAGAUUGCAGUGAGAAAGACCUAGAUUUUCUGCAUAGUGUCUUUCAGGAUCAGCAUCUCCACACGCUACUGGAUCUUUAUGACAAGAUAAACUCCAACUCCUCUCCACAGAGCAGAAAUCUUCCAAAUGAUGCCGUUCAGAGAGCUAAAGAGGUACUAGAGGAGAUUUCCUGCUAUCCAGAGAACACAGAUGCUAAAGAGCUCAGAAGAAUCCUAACCCAGCCCCAUUUUAUGGCCUUACUUCAAACCCAUGAUGUGGUAGCUCAUGAGGUUUACAGUGAUGAAGCACUAAGGGUUACACCGCCUCCCACCUCACCUUACCUGAACGGAGAUUCCCCUGAGAGCACCAACGGAGAAAUGGACUUGGACAACGUCACUCGAGUACACCUGGUGCAGUUUCAGAAGAACACAGAUGAACCAAUGGGUAUCACGCUGAAAAUGAGUGACAUGAACCAUUGUAUUGUGGCCAGAAUAAUGCAUGGAGGCAUGAUUCAUAGACAAGGUACUUUGCAUGUCGGAGAUGAAAUCCGGGAGAUCAACAGUAUAAGUGUAGCUAAUCAGACAGUGGAGCAGCUCCAAAGGAUGCUACGGGAGAUGAGAGGUAGCAUCACAUUUAAGAUUGUACCAAGCUACCGAAUACAGCAAUUUUCCUUUGAGAAAGAGUCCCCAUCUACUUCCAGACAGUCCCCUGCUAAUGACCAUUCCAGCAUAAACAGUUCUAUCUUGGACUUGCCAUUAACCAUACAGUCAAAGGCACGACAGAUCUAUGUGCGGGCGCAGUUUGAAUAUGAGCCGGCCAAAGAUGAUCUCAUUCCUUGCAAAGAGGCAGGUAUUCACUUCCGAGUGGGCGACAUCAUCCAGAUCAUCAACAAGGAUGACCAUAACUGGUGGCAGGGCAAGCUAGAGAACACAAAGAAUGGCACAGCAGGCCUCAUUCCUUCACCUGAGCUCCAAGAGUGGCGGGUGGCCUGCAUAGCCAUGGAGAAAACUAAGCAGGAGCAGCAAGCCAGCUGUACAUGGUUUGGCAAGAAGAAAAAGCAGUACAAAGACAAGUAUCUAGCGAAGCACAGUGCAGUUUUUGACCAACUAGAUCUCGUCACAUAUGAAGAGGUAGUAAAGCUGCCAGCCUUUAAAAGAAAAACACUGGUGUUAUUAGGAGCUCAUGGUGUUGGCAGGAGACACAUCAAGAACACACUCAUUACUAAACACCCUGACAGAUUUGCUUACCCCAUUCCACACACGACCAGGCCUCCCAAAAAAGAUGAAGAGAAUGGCAAGAACUAUUAUUUUGUAUCACAUGAUCAAAUGAUGCAGGACAUCGCCAACAAUGAUUACCUGGAGUACGGCAGUCAUGAGGAUGCCAUGUAUGGUACACGGCUGGAAACGAUACGCAAGAUCCAUGAGCAGGGCCUCAUAUCGAUACUGGAUGUAGAGCCACAGGCGCUGAAGGUCUUGCGGACAGCAGAGUUUGCUCCUUAUGUAGUUUUCAUUGCAGCCCCUACAAUUACACCGGGCAUGAAUGAGGAUGAGUCACUGCAGCGACUGCAGAAGGAGUCGGAGAUCCUCCAAAAGACCUACGCACAUUACUUUGACCAGACCAUCAUCAACAACGAGAUUGAUGAAACAAUCCGACACUUGGAGGAGGCUAUAGAACUGGUGUGCACUACUGCACAGUGGGUUCCUGUGUCCUGGGUCUACUAAACACCAAGAACUAUUACCAGACCUCACCUCAAAACCCAGACUGUAUAAAACAACUUUGCAAAAAGAAAUUACAAAUGAACAUUAAAAAAUAAGAAGGAAAAAAAUAUAAUUUCCUGGAGAACAAACAUCCGCCAACUUUGAUAUGUCUUCAUACCUCAGUGCAUAUGUCCCAGUCUUGGUUCAUCAGACUACAUAGAUAUGUUUAAAAAAUACAGUUCUAAAUGUUGUCAUUUCUUUAUGUAUAGGAAACAGCAUUUUUGUGGUUUACGUUGAAAGGGACCGUAUUCUUCUUAUCCAGUGUUUAUCUACUGAAAUAGGUCUGCUCAGGUCAUGUUCACAAAGACAUUUUUACACCUUGUCUGAAAGUGCAUUGAUACGCAUUAAAAUGCAGUAACAAUUGGAAUUCAUUUUUAGCCAGAGAUUCAUUGUCAUACAUCUCUUACUGUAGAUUAAUUUUUAGCCAGAGAUAAUUGUUUCAACAUUGUGAAAUAUUUUAAACUGCAUAAUAAAGCACAUACUAUGUCAUUUUUAAAAUA